CGCGAGUUCGCCCACCAGUGGGAUGCCAAAGACUCGAAGCACAUGACGACACGCAGCAGUCCGGGUGCCAGUCAGCCCUGCCGAUACGGGACUUUUGGAUUUGUGCUCGAAGAGGAGGCUGGCAUGUGGAGCUCAACGGGAGCGCGUAAAGAGACCGAGUGACUUUAACGUGUGAGGAGCAGCCAAAAAGAAAAAAGAGAGAAAAGAAAAAGAGGCCGGCGGGCCGCCCGAGCGGCACGAGGACAACAAGAAGCGGCGGCUGCGAUGCUCGGAUCGCCCGGGACCACCGGAGGAGUCGCGCGGCUGCCACUCAGCGCAUGGAGCCGCGCGCCCUAAGCGUCUCGUCAUGGACGCGAACGAGCCGCAGAAGGCGCCGGAGUCUCCUCCUGAGUGACCCGGCCGAAGACGCAGCAUGCCUGGCACUGCCACGGACAAAAAUGGCACCAUGGAGCCAGCGGUGGCCACACCCUUCCGUGUCACGGGCUUUCUGAGCCGACGCCUCAAGGGAUCCAUCAAGCGCACAAAGAGCCAGCCCAAGCUCGACCGCAACAGCAGCUUCCGGCACAUCCUACCUGGCCUGAGGAACGUGGACAAUGACAGAUCACAUCUAAUGCCGAGGCUGAAGGAGUCGCGGUCCCACGAGUCUUUGCUCAGCCCCAGUAGUGCCGUGGAGGCACUGGACCUCAGCAUGGAGGACGAAGUUGUGAUCAAACCCGUGCAUAGCAGCAUUCUGGGACAGGACUACUGCUUUGAGGUGACGACCUCCUCAGGGAGCAAAUGCUUCUCAUGUCGAUCAGCAGCAGAGCGGGAUAAGUGGAUGGAGAACCUGCGGCGGGCAGUGCACCCAAACAAGGACAACAGCCGGCGGGUGGAGAACAUGCUGAAGCUGUGGAUCAUCGAGGCUAAGGACCUGCCCGCCAAGAAGAAGUACUUCUGCGAGCUGUGCCUGGACGACACGCUGUAUGCCCGCACCACGUGCAAGCUCAAGACGGACAACGUGUUCUGGGGCGAGCACUUCGAGUUCAACAACCUGCCGCCCGUCAAGAGCGUCACGGUGCACCUCUACAAGGAGACGGACAAGAAGAAGAAGAAGGACAAGAACAACUACGUGGGCCUGGUCAACAUCCCCAUGGGCGCCGUCACCGGGCGCCAGUUUGUCGAGAAGUGGUACCCUGUGAGCACGCCCAACCCCAACAAGGGCAAGUCGCCAGGCCCCAUGGUCCGCAUCAAGUCGCGCUACCAGAGCAUGAGCAUCCUGCCCAUGGAGCUGUACAAGGAGUUCGCUGAGUACAUCACCAACAACUACAUGGCGCUGUGCUCGCUGCUCGAGCCCUCACUCAGCGUCAAGAACAAGGAGGAGAUGGCAUGUGCCUUGGUGCACAUCCUGCAGAGCACGGGCAAGGCCAAGGACUUCCUGACGGACCUGAUGAUGUCCGAAGUUGACCGCUGUGGUGAGAACGAGCAUCUGAUAUUCAGGGAGAACACCCUGGCCACCAAGGCUAUCGAGGAGUACCUGAAGCUGGUGGGACAGAAGUACCUGCAGGACGCCCUGGGUGAGUUCAUCAAAGCCCUGUACGAGUCCGACGAGAACUGUGAGGUGGACCCCAGCAAAUGCUCGUCCGGAGACCUCCUGGAGCACCAGAGCAACCUGAAGAUGUGCUGCGAGUUGGCCUUCUGCAAGAUCAUCAACUCCUACUGUGUGUUUCCUCGGGAGCUCAAGGAGGUGUUUGCUUCGUGGCGCCAGGAGUGCAGCAGCCGCGGGCGCCCAGACAUCAGUGAGCGGCUCAUCAGCGCCUCCCUCUUCUUGCGCUUCCUGUGCCCAGCCAUUAUGUCUCCGUCGCUGUUCAGCCUGCUGCAGGAGUACCCUGACGACCGGACUGCCCGCACCCUGACGCUCAUCGCCAAGGUCACCCAGAACUUGGCCAACUUCACCAAGUUCGGCAGCAAGGAGGAGUACAUGUCGUUCAUGAACCAAUUCCUGGAGCACGAGUGGACCAACAUGCAGAGGUUCCUGCUGGAGAUCUCCAACCCCGAGACCAUCUCCAACACGGCGGGCUUCGAAGGCUACGUGGACCUCGGCCGAGAGCUGUCCACCCUGCACUCCCUGCUGUCCGAGGUGGUGUCGCAGCUCGAGCAGGGUACGGCCAGCAAACUUGGCCCUCUGCCACGCAUCCUGAGAGAUGUCAACACGGCGCUGACCAACCCGCUGAGCGUCCAGGUGUCAGUGGCGUCUGAGCGGCCCGCCUCCACGCCCAGUGCCAGCUGCAGCAUCUCCACCGGCCUGCAGAAGAUGGUCAUCGAGAACGACUUGUCCGGCCUCGUCGACUUUACCCGUCUGCCAUCGCCGACUCCCGAGAACAAGGACUUGUUUUUUGUCACAAGAAACUCGGGCGUCCAGCCAUCUCCUGCCCGCAGCUCCAGCUACUCGGAGGCCAACGAGCCCGAGGUGCAGAUACCCAACGGCAGCAAGAGCCUCUCCAUGGUGGACCUGCAGGACAACCGCAGCCUGGAGAGCGGAGCCAACGUCGCCAUCCCGGCGGACCCCCUGAACGACUGCCAGGCCCCCGUGGCACCGCUCCAGGGCGGCGUCUGGUCCACUCGUGCCCCCCAGGUCGGCGCUGCCGCCGUCCCCACCAUGCGCAGAGCGGGCCAGGCGGCCACCACCCCCAGCUCAGAGGGCGCCCCGGGGAGGCCUCAGCUUUUAGCCCCCCUGUCCUUCCAGAACCCCGUCUAUCAGAUGGCGGCCGGCCUGCCCGUGUCGCCGCGUGGUCUCGCCGACUCGGGCUCGGAGUGCCAGAGCUCCGUCAGCUCGCAGAGCAACAAUGAAGAGCUGGCCUCAGGCAAACAUGGCUUCCUCAACCACGCCGGCAAUGAGGACUUCGCCAGGCGCUCGGGGGAGUUCAUCCGCAGGCAGCUGUCGUUGACGGAGAGCGCCCACCAGCCCACGGUGCCCCGGCAGAACAGCGCAGGGCCGCAGCGGCGGAUCGACCAGCCACCCCCUCCGGUCACUCGAGGGCGCACUCCGCCCAACCUGCUGAACACGGCGCCCUACCCGCGGCCAUCCAGCGGCAGCAUGAUGUCCUCCUCUCCGGACUGGCCGGGAAGUGGCGCCCGACUGCGGCAGCAGUCUUCGUCUUCGAAAGGGGACAGUCCCGAGACGAAGCAGAGGACGAUGCACAAGCAGGCCCCUUCGCCUGUGAACCCCAAUGCCCUGGACCGUACCGCCGCCUGGCUCCUGAACAUGAACGUCCAAUACGUGGAGCACGAGGGCAUCGAUGCCGAGGGCAGGAGCAAAGAGGAGCUGACGCAGAUUGAAAAGUACCAGCAGGAGAUCGCCAUCCUGCAGGAGAAGCUGCGCAUGUCGGCCAAGAAGAUCGAGGAGUAUGAGAGCCGCCUGAAGGGCCAGGAGGACCAGACGCAGAAGGUGCUGGUGGAGUACCAGGCCAGGCUGGAGGAGGGCGAGGAGCGGCUGAGGAGGCAGCAGGAGGACAAGGAGCUGCAGAUGAAGGGCAUCAUUAGCCGGCUCAUGUCUGUCGAGGAGGAGCUGAAGAAGGACCACUCAGAGAUGCAGGCCGUGGUGGACUCCAAGCAGAAGAUCAUCGAGGCACAGGAGAAGCGCAUUGCCUCCCUGGAUGCUGCCAAUGCCCGGCUCAUGAGUGCCCUCACCCAGCUGAAGGAGCGCUACAGCAUGCAGACCCGCAAUGGCAUCUCGCCGACCAACCCGACCAAACUGCAGAUAACAGAGAAUGGAGAAUUCAGGAACAGCAGCAACUGCUAAUGAAGGCGGGCACCACUGGGAGCCAGGAGGGGCUGUCCAACAGUCUACCCACUGCGGGUGCCCUCCUGGCCAUCUUCUUGGAAUUUUUUGUUUUGGUUUCGACCAGAAGCGUUAGUCCCAUUUCCAUUAUUUUCAAUGGAGCGUUUACUUGUAUUUAUAAAGUAAAGAUCUGCAGGGGCCACUGCCACAUGGCAUCAGUGGAUUGUGCAGGGUGUGCCAGUAGCCCCACCCCCCGCCCGCGGGACCCCCAGGCCACUCAGAGGUGGGGAUGAUCAGCAAGUUCAAGCUUUUUAUUUUGAAAAGGCCGUACCCGCUUGACGCGACUCCAGUGAGCCGAGUGGAUGCCACAAGCAGCAGAGAGCCACCCUGGCACAGGACGAUGCCCAGCACAGUAUUGGCGUCCAUCACAGCUGCAUUUGCCAAACGUCUGCCCCGAUUUGGGUUCCACAAAGCCCGCCAAUGUAAAAGACGUCACUGACCUUGGGCACACCCUUCGGUGCCGGACCCUGUACCAACGUGCCCUCCUGUUUGCAAAUCGAGAACUGGAGUGAGGGAGCUUGGUGCACCUUCAUCUAUGUAUUCCUGCCACAUUUACAAGUUGGUGCCCAAAGGAGUUGGCAUGUGUGCCCACGAGAACUUGGUCAACAAGUCCCUCAGGCACCUUGUGUGGCAGUGAGAGCAAAAGGAGGAAGUGCGGCUGCCAGUCAACUGUGCUCAUGCUGACCCUCAACAGCAAACAUGUAGCCACGUGUCCACAGUGCCCUCACGCCCAAUCCUGCCUGGCUGCUGGCUCGUGCCAUCCUCACAUUUUUCUGUUUUCGUACUUUCCAUUUGCACGUUGUAAAGAAUACUCAAGGGGGGCUAAAGGAAGCAAAGUUGCACCUUGUGUGCCAGCCGAUGUCACACUGUCACCUUCGCCAUGGGCAUCGCUUGUAUCACGUGACGUUGCCAGAACUCCAGCCGAGUCUUUAGUCGAUGUGGUGCCAAGCAAGCAUCGAGAACGCCUGAGAAUCUCAAGUCAUGCUGGGGGGGGGGGGGGGGGGGGGGGGGGGGCUCUCACUGUGGUGCCCAGUGCCACUCUGCUUUUGAGCGGACAUUUCAGAUGGCAUGCAGCUUCCUAUUUGUCUGCGAUUUGAUGAGCGAUGAAAGGCGCUAUAUAGAGGUCAAGCAAGAGCCACUGAAGCUGAAAAUGUGCUUGGAGUCAUCCUUGAACAGCUAGCUGGGCAUGGAGGCUGGCAGCGGGUGAACUAGUCACACACUUUGAUGGCUGCAAUGCCCCUCCCCAACCUGCUUCUUGCUGCUUCUUCUGCCUGAUGACCUGGCAUAAGGCACUCUACUACCAUCACGGUGCCCAGUGGAAAUUGGAAAGAUUGCAGGGCAGCGGUGCCAGCCGUCAUUGCUUUCUUGCCACACAACGGAGGGCAUGCAGGGGUGGCGCUCUGUAUGUUUUGUAACCCUUUUGUAAUUCUGUUGAGACUCGAGUAUUUGCUUCACCAUGUAAUAAUAAUAAGAAUAAUAAUAAUAAUAAUGUACAGAAGUCGUCGUCGUGUCGACCCAAUGAUCAGUGCCCGUGCCAUUUAUGUACAUUUGCAACUAGAGGGAUUAAAGUUUUAUUUAGCUAUUUGAA